AUGCAGAAGGUCUCGGUGCUGCUCUGCCUGUCGUGGGUCUGCUUCCUCUUCUACGCGGGCAUCGCCCUUUUCGCCAGUGGCUUCCUACUCACCCGUCUGGAACUCACCAACCAUAGCAGCUGCCAAGACCCCCCGGGCCCCGGGCCCCUGCCUCGCGGGGCUCGAGGGGAGCCUGGGGCCUGCUGGAUGGCUUCCCGUUUCUCAAGGCUUGUGUUGGUGUUGAUAGACGCUCUGCGCUUUGACUUCGCCCAACCCCAAGGGGCACACAAGCCUGGGGAGCACCCUGCGUCCCUACCUUUCCUGGGCAAACUGGGCUCCGUGCACAGAAUCCUGCAGCUGAAGCCGCGCCAUGGCAGGCUCUACAGAGCUCAGGUGGACCCGCCCACCACCACCAUGCAGCGUCUCAAGGCCCUGACCACCGGCUCCCUGCCCACCUUUAUCGAUGCUGGCAGUAACUUCGCCAGCCACGCCAUAGUGGAAGACAACCUCCUUAAGCAGCUUGCCAGGGCCGGAAGGCGUGUGGUCUUCAUGGGAGAUGAUACCUGGAAAGACCUUUUCCCUGGAGCUUUCUCCCAAGCGUUUUUCUUCCCAUCCUUCAACGUCAGAGACCUGCACACGGUGGACGAUGGCAUCCUGGAGCACCUCUACCCCACCAUGGACAGUGGUGAAUGGGACGUGCUGAUUGCUCACUUCCUGGGUGUGGAUCACUGCGGCCACAAGCAUGGCCCUCAUCACCCUGAGAUGGCCAAGAAACUUACCCAGAUGGACCAGGUGAUCCAGGCCCUUGUGAAGCGUCUGGAGAAUGAUACCCUGCUAGUGGUGGCCGGGGACCAUGGGAUGACCAUGAACGGGGAUCACGGAGGGGACAGUGAGCUGGAGGUCUCAGCCGCGCUCUUUCUGUACAGCCCCAUACCGCUCUUCUCCAGCACCCUGCCAGAGGAGCCAGAGGUAGUUCCUCAAGUCAGCCUUGUCCCCACGCUGGCCCUCCUGCUGGGCCUGCCCAUUCCAUUUGGAAACAUCGGGGAGGUGAUGACUGAGCUGUUCUCAGGGAACGAGGACUCCCCAGUGUACUCCUCCGCUCUGGCCCAAGCCGCAGCUGUCCAUCUCAAUGCUCAGCAGGUGUCCCGAUUUCUUCUCACCUACUCAGCCGCUACUCAGGACCUCCGGGUGGAGGAGCUCCAACGCCUGCACAGCCUCUUCUCCAAGGCCUCUGCUGACUACCGGCGGCUUCUGCAGGACCCGCAGGGCGAGGAGGCAGAGCUGCGCGCAGUGGCAGCCGACCUGCAGCAGUUCCUGCGGGGCGCGCGGGCCUUGUGCAUCGAGUCUUGGGCCCGGUUUUCCGUGGCCCGCAUGGCAGCGGGUGCCACUCUCUUGACCGCUGCCUGCGCUCUCUGCCUGCUGGCAUCCCAGUGGGCAGCGUCCCCAGCCUUCCCCUUCCGCCCUCUGCUCCUGCUCUCCGUGGCCUGGGGCCUGGCUGGGGCCAUCGUCUGUGCUGGACUCCUGGCAACCACUGGGCUGCAGCUGGAUCUGGUGGUUCUAGGGGCUGUGGCUGCAGUGGGCUCACUGCUGCCUUUUCUGUGGCGAGCGUGGGCUGGCUGGGGGGCCAGGCGGCCCCUGGCAGCCCUGCUGCCCAUCCCUGGGCCCACCCUGCUGCUCCUGCUCGCUCGCUGGGCUGCCUUUUUCUCUGAUAGCUUUGUUGUAGCUGAGGCCAGAGCCGCCCCCUUCCUUCUGGGCUCGCUCAUCUUGCUCCUGGUUGCCCAGCUUCACUGGGAGGGCCAGCUGCUGCCACCUAAGCUGCCCACCAUACCCCGCGGCGGCCCUGCGACCCCAGCAGGCCCCCCGCGGCACCAGGGCGUGCACGCCCUGGGGCUUGGACUCGGACUGCUGUUCUGUACGAGGCUAGCUGGCCUCUUUCAUCGCUGCCCUGAAGAGACACCUGCUUGCCGCUCCUCCCCCUGGCUGAGCCCUCUGGCGUCCAUGGUGGGUGGGCGAGCCAAGAAUUUGUGGUACGGAGCCUGUGUGGGGGCACUGGUGGCCCUGCUAGCUGCUGUGCGGCUGUGGCUUCGGCGCUAUGGCAAUCUCAAGAGCCCCGAGCCCCCUGUGCUCUUUGUGAGGUGGGGAAUGCCCCUCAUGGCCCUGGGCACUGCUGCCUACUGGGCACUGGCCUCGGGGGCGGACGAAGCCCCGCCCCGUCUCCGGGCCCUGGUUGCCGGGGCGUCGGUUGUGCUGCCGCGGGCUGUGGCAGGGUUGGCGGUUUCAGGCCUCAUGCUGCUGCUCUGGAGGCCUGUGACGGUGCUGGUGAAGGCCGGGUCAGCUGCCUCCGGGACCAGGACUGUCCUCGCUCCCUUCGCAGGCCCCCCUACUUCUCAGGCUGACCUGGACUAUGUGGUCCCUCAAAUCUACCAACACAUGCGGGAGGUGUUCCGGGACCAGCGAGAAAGAACCAGUGCUCAGGGCCCCCUCACGGUGGCUGCCUGCCAGCUGGGCAGCGUCUACUCGGCCGCUGUGGUCACGGCCCUCACCCUGUUGGCCUUCCCACUUCUGCUGUUGCAUGUGGAGCGCAUCAGCCUCGUGUUCCUGUUGCUUUUCCUGCAGAGCUUCCUCCUCCUGCAUCUGCUGGCUGCCGGGAUACCCAGCACCACCUCCGGUCCUUUUACUGUGCCAUGGCAGGCAGUUUCUGCUUGGGCCCUCCUGGCCACACAGACCUUCUACUCCACGGGCCACCAGCCUGUCUUCCCAGCCAUCCACUGGCAUGCAGCCUUUGUAGGAUUCCCAGAGGGUCAUGGCUCCUCCACCUGGCUGCCCGCUUUGCUGGUGGGAGCCAACACCUUUGCCUCCCACCUCCUGUUUGCAGUAGGCUGCCCAUUGCUCCUGCUGUGGCCUUUCCUAUGUGAGAGUCAGGGGCCCCGGAAGAGGCGGCAGACCGCAGGCAGUGAGGCUGAGGCCAGGCUGAGGCCUGAGGAGGAGGAGGAGGAGGAACCGCGGAUGGAGAUGAGGCUGCGCGACGCACCCCACCGCUUCAGCGCCGCGCUGCUGGGGCUGGGCCUCAAGUACCUCUUUGUCCUUGGCGUUCAGAUUCUGGCCUGUGUCUUGGCAGCCUCCAUCCUGCGCAGGCAUCUCAUGGUGUGGAAGGUGUUUGCCCCCAAGUUUAUCUUUGAGGCUGUGGGCUUCAUCGUGAGCAGCGUGGGACUUCUCCUGGGCAUAGCUUUGGUGAUGCGUGUGGAUGGUGCUGUGAGCUCCUGGUUCAGACGGCUAGUGCUGGCCCAGAAGAGGUAA